AUGUGGUAUGACUUUGAGCUCGUGGAGCCGCCGCCAAGCGUGCUGCCCGAGCCCGAGAUCCUACCCGCGAAGCAAGACAAGAAGCCAGCCGCGGGGCACCGGCGCUCCAAGAAACCAGAGGUCGUCGUGCAGGAAACGAAGCGGCCGUACCCGACGCUGCCAUACCCGUACCCGAAUUUUGAACUCGCGCUGCGCCUGGACAUCGUCGAUCAAGUGCUUGCCGAGUACGAAGGGUCGCUGCGCCGCCGGUUCCGAGCCCUCGAGGACGACUUGUACCCGUACCUCCUCGAGUGCCUCCAGGGCCUGGAGAAGGACGCACCGCGGAGUCGCGUGCGAAAGAAAGCCCAGCGGUAUCGACUUCUCGGCGCGGUGCACACGCAACUCCAGCGCAUGCCAGGCGCGCUCGACGCGCAAGCGAGCGACGGCUACGCGCAGCUCACACUGGCCGCGUCCAUUGAUUUGCCUGCGAUGCUGCACCGCGCGAACGAGCGGCUCAACCCUGCACUGUACCUCAACACCGCCGGGCCCAACGACCCACCGCCGCCCGUCAGCCGUCACCGUUCGAGCAAGCGUCUCAGCGUCGGAUAG